AUGCAUGGUGUUAAGUUCACGGAUAAAGAACCGCUGAGCAUUUUUAUCCGUUCGACUAAUACUUUGUCGGAUCUGAAGAGGAACAUAUUACAGAAGGCAGGGUUAGCUGGGGCCAAGUCGGUGAAAAAGGUAUUCUACAAGAUUCCGAUGGCAGUCGUGUCGAGUGGUGUGCAGUAUGAAAUAUUUGUCCUAGGGUUGGAUGAAGACAUGGGGGUGCUGUUUCAUUGUCGGCAGAGUUUUCUGCAGGUGAGAAUACACAAGUUGUUUGCCAAAUUGGAAGACCGUGUGGAAAGUUCCGAGACUUCAGCACCAAAUCCUCAGUCGACGACGGUGGGGUGCUUCUACUUCAAUGCCUCACCGGCAGAUAAGUCACCCGAUUUGAUUACUGGUCUUGUUGGAAGUGGUGAGCCGGAUCACGUUGAGGACGCGAUGCGGGACUAUGAUUCGGAUGAUGAGCCCAAUCAUAUAUCAGGGGAUAGUGAGGAGGAGACUCCAGUGUCCCCACCUGCACCUCAGGGGCCAUCAAGUUCUGGGUCCCACCAACAACCUCCGCAUUUCUCGACACUUAUUCUGGAAGCAACUAAGGAGGAAGCUGUGAUGAGUGUUAAGGAUUAUAGCAUUCGUUGUGGAGUUCAGUAUCGAGUUAUGGAAUCUGAUCAUCUGAAGUAUGUUGGGAGAUGCAAGGAGUUUGGAAAUGGCUGCAAUUGGAUCAUCUACGUGGCACUUCGGCAGCGCAAGGGUAACUGA